AUGAACAUCCCCAGCCUGGCGUCUGUGCCGCCAGAGAUCAUUCACUGCGUACUUUCUUUCACGGACCUGUCCUCGCUUAGCGAACUUUCCCUCACCAAUCGCUACAUCGGCGCAAUCAGUCAAAAAGAGCUGCUCAAGGUGGUGACCGUGUACCCCCGGAAAGAGAGUCGAGAAAGAUUCCAGGCGAUUCUCGAGGAUGAGACCCGGGCACGACUGGUGGACAGGCUGUAUCUGGAUGUCAGCGCUUGGGCCGGUUAUUAUACGCAAGAAAGAUAUAUCAAUCAAAGCAUUCGCGAUAAGCAGAUUCUCCAGUUACGCAGAUUCAUGAAGCUCGUCCCGCGCCUGAAGGAGCUCCCCCGUCUACGAAGCAUCGUGCUUCGCUUUCAUCAGGGCUGUUAUGUCGAGGAUACCUGGAAUGACGCCCAUCAGAAUGCUGCGUUCCGCUCCUGCGUGAUGAGUGAAUUUAUCUUGGCGUUGGCAUCCCUCGACGAGCCUGUCAAGGAGCUCGCCCUCAACUACUUCGGCUUCUACCCCAAGCUGGAUCUGCGAGAGAUCCACCUCCCGCGCCUGAAGACGCUCGCCCUGGGUAAAUACGCAUUCGUUCACGACUCCCAACUCGAGUGGAUCCUCUCGCACAGCAAGACCCUGACCGAGCUCUACCUCGACGACAACCCUAUCCUCUUCGAGGUCUCCGUCUACAACAACGACCGGGCCUGCCUGGAACCCGGCCGAUAUACCCACAAAGCUGGGCUGCGCAAUAAACACUUCGCGACAUACGACAAGCGCUGGCACCACUACUUCCGGGCCUUUCAGGUGAGGCUCCCCCACCUGCGUCAUUUCAGCUACGGGCGCUCGGAGCCGUGGUGGGGCGAAGGACAUGACCCCCCUUGA